UUGCAGUCAAAAGAACACGUGCGUGAUGUUAUCGGAGUAACAGAUCAGAUUUUUUUUCGUGCAGGUUUGCUUGGAGGAGCUCGGAGGUUUUAGGUGAUGAGGGGAAGCCUUGGGGGCAUCAUUCUACUGGAGGCAAAUUCCCACCCUUGCUGCAGAAAAUGAGGAUUUCAUGGAUGUUCAUGUGCCUUCUGGUUUGCAAGUCAUCACAUGGUACUCAGGAUCAAAGUGACUCCAAGAGUGAUUGGAGCAGAUUGACGCUUCAUGACUCUGCAAAUGACAACGUGACUGUAACGUGCCCGUUGAUACUGUCCGAGGAUGCAGAAAUUUCGUUUUACCUUCUGAAAGAUAAAGACAUAAUAUACGACCAUACGUGCAAACAUCAAAGGAAUUGCACUGGGAUGAAGUGGGAUGCUGUGGAACUGCACACAAAUGGAUCACAUUGGUUUUUCACAGUCAAAUUAGAACACAAUAUCAGAGGACUGUACAGAUGCAACAUCACAAAGACGUACCCUCCUCCUCUUACAAAAGAAGAUGGCAAUCCUGUGCUUGUAAUAGAAUUCCCUCACCAGUGCCCGACACCCCCACUCAAUUCCACAGGAGUCGCACCAAACACAUGCCAAGAAUUUCCAUGGAUUUGGAUAGUGGUGAUUGCAGUUGUCAGUAUCUACGGUGUAACAGUCACCAUCAUUGCACUGUUUAACUGGCUCAAGUUGAAGAACACAGAAAACCAGAGUGACUACAUGAACACAAAACCCAGAGCGCCCAGGGACCGCAAGAAGAAAAAAGGUCUUCAGAAUAUACAAAGACACUUCUAAUGACUUCAUCGGAUCAUUUUGCACAGCUUUAGUUUAGACCUAAACAAUCAGGCUGUCCUCACUGUAGCUUAUUUUUGUCAAACACAUAAUUGUGAGGUUUGUUUUUUGUGUUUUCAUAUUUCAUUGUCAACACUGUAGUAAAUCUGUACCUACACAGCAAAAGUAGCAUUUUUCUUUAAAGCAAUGGCUGUAUUAAAACUAAAAAAACAACAACACACACA